AUGAGUUUCCUGUCCCUAAAUCUCAUGAAGCCAGCUGGACGUAUUCAGUUCAGACAGAGACAGGAGGUUACCAACCAGCUCUCACACUCUUGCUUUCAGCUCCAGCCCUGGCCAUGGCAGUUCCCCAAAGUAAAAGGAGCCGAGAUCAGACCAACGGCAUCAAGCCUCAGAAAAUUUCAAUCGAGGGGAAUAUCGCUGCUGGCAAAUCGACGUUGGUCCAGAUUUUGGGAGAAACCAGUGAGGACUGGGAUGUAGUUGCCGAGCCCAUCGCUCGUUGGUGUAAUGUGCAAACAGAGGGAGAUGAUUCUGAGGAGCUAACAACAUCGCAAAAGAGUGGAGGGAACCUGCUUCAGAUGAUGUACGACAAACCAGAACGCUGGUCCUUCACCUUUCAAAACUACGCCUCUUUAAGCAGACUACGGUCACAGCUCAAAUCCCUCAGCGACAGAGUGACAGAUUCAACCCAGCCAGUUCAGUUCUUUGAGCGCUCUCUGUACAGUGACAGAUAUGUCUUUGCUUCCAACCUUUAUGAAUCUGAGUAUAUCAAUGAGACUGAAUGGAUAAUGUACCAGGACUGGCACGGCUGGAUACACAGAUACUUUGGUAGAAAUAUUGAACUCAAUGGCAUCAUCUAUCUCCGGGCAACACCUGAGAAUUGUAUGAAGAGGCUGACGCUGAGAGGUCGACAGGAAGAGAAAGGAAUCCCAAUGGAAUAUCUGGAAAAGCUUCACGUCAAACAUGAGAGCUGGCUGCAACAGAGGACCACGAGGCUUCAUUUUGACUACUUGGCAAGAGUUCCAGUUUUGACGUUAGAUGUAAAUGAAGAUUUCAAAGACAAUGAAGCGAAACGUAAUGACCUCAUUGAAAAGAUCAAGGAAUUUCUACGUUCUUUGUAACGCUUGUAAAUUCUGUGUAGCACAACAUUGGUGCUGCUAAAGAAACACAAAGGCAGAGAACAGCUGAAAUAAGGACAUUUUACAUUUCUCUUUCCCACAUAUUCCAUUUUUACUGUGUGUAUUUUGCAGUUUCUAGUUGCCAACAUAAUUAAUCUGGAUAGAGUGAAAUAGCUAUUUGCUGUUAAUCAUUUUUAAUGAAGAGAAACA